AUGGAGACCCGCAAGAACCGGGAGGGCUCUGAGAGAGGACAAGGACGAGGUUUCAGCGGGCACAGCCGGGAGGCCUCUGCGUCCAGGCACAAACCGCGCAGAAGCCGGGAUGGCUCCCCUCGCAGUCCCGGCAGAGAAACAGGAAACCGAGGGCGGAAGUUCAAGCCACGAGCGGCCCCAGCCGGAGAGAGAGGCCACGACAAGCCCGAGCCCAGCGGAGCACGACGCCCCCAUGAGCGCACAGGAGGUUCUGUUCCCAGCCCGAGGCGCCUGGAGGAGCCAAAGCACCGGCCUAGAUCGCCAGGGAGGACUAGCGGCCCGGAACGCCGAGUUGACGACCUGGAGGAGGGACCCACCUCCCCAAAGCGCCGCCGACGCCUCUCCCCAGAAGCCUGGGUCUCCGUCCCGUGCCCGCUGUCGCGAGUCGUCAACCACCUGGGCGGGCUGGAGGUGGCCCUGGGCGAGCUUUGGGCCCCGGGGGGCGCCUUCCUCCCGGGGCCCGCCGGCGGCACGCAGCCCAGCCCCUCGCAGCGCGCCUGGCUCGCCUGGCAGCUGGCGCACGCCGGGGCCGCCCUGCACUGGGCGCUGGCCACGCUCGACAACCUGCUGGCUGCGGGGCCCUGGCCCGCGGGUCAGCCGCCCUCUGCGCCCGCUCCUGGGCGGCCUCAGGUGCUCACGGGAGCCAGCACCGUCGCCUUGGAAAAGCUCGAACCCUCUGCCCCAGAGGCGAUCCCGACUCUGCACUGCAAACUCUACGGCGCCCUGCAGGGCGGCGGCCUCCUGCGUUCGAAUGCCAGGAGCUCCCUGGCAGCAGCAGAGCAGAAAGAAGCAUGGCCCCGCCCCAGUUCGGCGCCCGGCAAUCUCCCUCCCGCCCGCUCGAGGAGAUAGAUGGCUGCCUGGCUCCGAAAGUCUGGCUCUUGUUCCGGGCAUCCAAAGGAAGACACGGGUUUUCCUUCUGGGGGCUCGCAACAUCUGGGACUUUGACGACUCGGGACCUCUCUCCCAUUGAAUUUUUGCGUGUCUUCUGGGAAAGGAAGAGGUGUGGGCUCUGGGGUUUGACGUGCGAUUGAGCUUCUCUGAGCCGAGAGCGUUGAGAAGCCUACCCGGAAUGACACCCGGAUAGAGACGGAGCCAUGUCGAUUGGCGGAAGUGGGGGUGGGGGCUUAGGGAGGUACCUCGCCAUAGGUGAUUUGCAGGGGAAUGUGAAAUGCCCCCGCCAUAGGUCAUUUGCAGUGGAAAGCAAAAUGCCUGGUCCGUCAGCUUCUUCGUGUGACCCAGGAAAUGUCCUUAAUGUUUCAAACCUCUGCCCCCAGGGUCGGGAAAAUAUUCCUGAGAGGGUUUGGUGAGCCUCUGGAAUCUCUCCACCAUUCCGUGUUUGCACCCUCGGCUUUGGCAUGGAGGAACUGCGUCCACUUGUUUGGGAAACAGUUUACAAGUGUUUAAAGACCCAUGUGGCUACCUGG